AUGGCAGAGCUGUCGGAAGAAAAAAGAAGGAUGUAUUUGGAGCAAAUAGAGGAGCUUGAAAAGACACUUGAGAAGGAGAAAGAUAGUCUUAGAAAGACUAUAGAAUCUCAAGACUCCAAACAAUAA